GCGGGCGCUCCGCGGCUCAGUGUGGUCGCCGCCAUUUGAAGUCUUGGUUGUGGUGCGUCGGCGCUCGGCCCGCUAUUGCCGCUUUAUUCAGUGCUCAAGUGAGUCCCGUGUGUGUUGAGGGUAUGAAGUGCAAGCCUCAUGUUGUGGAGAUCAGUGGGUGUCGCGGAAAUAAGUGCUAUGUGAAGUAAGAUGGAGGAGAAGCCCAAGAGUAAUCGCAGACGCCGAGAGAGAGCUCUGAAAAUGAGGGCCGAGAUCUCGGAGAGCGCCAAGGCUUCGGAGGAUAGCUGCGAGGAGAGCGUCCCCCGGGUCCGCACGAAGCCGCCGCGCCCUCGCAAGAAGAACAAGGACCCGCUCUUCGAGGAGGACGUCGUGGAGGGCUUCGCCUUCCUGGCCUUCAAAUCCUACGAGGACCUAGAGCCUGGCGGAAGUCACUCCAGCUCCGAGCAAGGAUAUAUCUGUGAUAGCGAGAGUGAAGGAGACAAGGUAAGGCCCCUUCCCUCCGAGCGCAGACUGUUAGCAGGUGCUCCUGGUCCGACCGCCAGGUCCCCAGCUAAGCGAGAACACAAUUAG